CGCAAGAAGUUAUUACAUUUGUUAUAAAUUAAUCUACUACUUGAGAUAAUAAUAUGGCAAAACCUGCAAACAAGGCUGGGAAGAAGUCGAGCGAGGAGGUGUUCGCCGGGUUCCAAACCCUGCGCACCGAGCAGCGGCAGCUCGCCAACAAAAUCUCCGAGCUGGAAAUGGACUUAAACGAGCACAAGAUUGUGGUGGAGACGCUGAAAGGCGUGGAGGCCGACCGGCGUUGCUUCCGCAUGGUGGGCGGCGUGCUGCUGGAGCGCACGGCGGGCGCCGCGCUCGCCGAGCUCGAGGCCAACCUACAGCGCCUGCCGCAGGCCCUUGCUGCGCUCAACGAGCAACUUGCUAACAAGGGCCAGGAAAUAAAUGCUUAUAUCGAGACCCACGACAUCCGCCUGCAGCGCGGCGCCACCACAGCACCCGCGCCCGCGCCCGAGGCACCCUCCUCGCAGCAGAACAAUGUUCUGGUCGCCAGCGGCUGAGCACAGCUACGCCCGUCACAGUGCUUACAACUUCACUUUGCUGUAAUAAAAGUUACUGAAACUGUAUACACUGUGUGAAUACCUGAUGCGGUAAAUCUGCUCAUUGCCAGUUUCAGGCACUAAUCUACAAAUUAACGAGUUUCAGAUAUUUUACUAUUAAAUGUGUAAAUUAUAUCCUUGUG